AUGCAAACUGCCUCCUCCUUGGAACUAAGCACAGAAUUCUCGGUGGAAGGUGGCAGGGAAGGGGACGGGGAAGGGAGGGGAGGAGAGGAAGACCGACAGCCCCUGGUUUUUGCAUCUCCACCACGCCCCCGGUUCGAAGGAAUGGAGGAGCAUGACUUCGCACCGCUCGCGGAUGGAGGAAAGAACAUGGAAACUGGCAAGGAGCACCCCUGGCAAGGGAUGGACCGCCCGCAGGCGAAGCUCGAAGGACCUGCUGCCCGUCUUCCCUCCACCCUCCCACCUUUCUCCCCUCCCUCCACCUCUUCCUCCCCGUCCACCCGCCUGCGAGCGCGAAGCGAUCGAGAACUCUCGCCUUCCAUCUCUGCCCCGCAACAACAGCGGCGACGGCCACAGAACAGGCAAGGGAUGGACCUGCCCACAGAUGGAAAGAGCGAGAGGAGCAAGGAGACGUAUUCUAGUGGGGCAGGAAGAGGGGAAAGGGAGGCAGAGGGGCCAGGGGAGCUGCCAACGGAGGAGGAGAAGAAGGGUGGUGGGCUGCAAUACCAGGGAAAGAAGGGGGAAAGGCGGGGUGAGAGACAUAUAGAGUCGAUGUCAGGGGACGAGGAGGGUGGAAGGAGGGGUGCGGUCGAAGAGAGGGAAGAUGGACAGAGAGGAGAUGAAGGGCAAGAAGAAGGAGAAGGUGCACAGCUCCCUUUCCCCCUGAAGCAACAACAGCUGACGACGGGUAUCCCGGAGAAAGCGCCGGCGAAUUCAGGGGCUGUGGGACACGUGGAAGGCGCCUAUGACCCUCAGGAGUAUGCCUACAUGCUGCCCUCUUUACCCUUAGAAGUACGAGAGGUUCUGGCAUUCGUGACACGAUCGAGGACUACGACUAUCAACCUCACGAUUGCGAACUAGAAACCCCCUUGAAAUGUUUUAUCCCGGACUACCUCCCGGCCGU